AUGAACGCACGCGGGACAGCCAGGCGUGGCCCCAGCGCGGCGGCGGUGGCGCAGGCGGCGCAGUCGCGUGAGCGCUUGGGCGGCGAGCUGGCGGCUGUGGCGGCAAGGCUUGCGGGCAAGACUCAGGCCACCCUGCUGAAGCUGUUUGAUCCUGCGCUGCUCAACCUGCUGCACUCGGGCACCGAAUUCCUGCUGGCCAACUGCCAGCCCGGCACUGUGGCAGGGCGCAUGCAGGGCAUGGAGACGCUGGUCGCCGACGACGCGCAGCGCGCCGACAGCCCCCGGGAGAACCCGGCCCAGCAGAAGCUGCCCGAGGCGGAGCCGUCCGAGCUGCAAUUCAAGACGCUAAGAUCCAUGGUGUUCCUCGCCCCCUCGUUCCUGGCGGAUGAGCGCUGGAGCGGCUGGCGCGCGGGCCUGCGGCUGCCGCACGGCAAGAGCGAGUUGAUGAAGGGGUUCGAGGACCUCGCGUCCCUGGCCCUGAAGCGAAAGCUGCUGGCCUGCAUGCACCCCUUUGACUCAGAGGCGUUGCAGGCCGCCACGCGCGAGAGGCUGAGGGCCAGCGAGGCGGCGGGCGACCCUAUUAUCAAGCUGCUUAUGAAGCAGUCCGACCUCAUGCGGGAGACCGUGCGGGACGACGGCUCCUUCGACUUUGACGCGGCGGCGAACGUGCUGGAGACCACGCUUCUCAGCACUGGCAUCAUCAACGUGAUGGCCGAGGACGACCUUCUCACAGACCCGGUCGUCGACUUGCGGCAGCAGAGCGGUGCUGACGCCACCACGAUGCCCCUGCGCAUCCGCCACGUGCUUGGCAGCCUCCAGCUAACGGCCAUGUUGCAGCCGUGGGACCCCGCCACAGCGAUGCCCGUCGUCGGCUCUCUGCUGGCGCACUCCUUCAUGGCGGGCAAGGGGUACGCCGCGCCGCUGCAAGCCGUGGCGGUGUCCGGCAGGGCGUCGGCGGUGGUGGUGUCGACAAUGGCCAUGGGGCCGGACCUGGAGACGUUCCUCAGCGACCUGAGUGCGCGGGUCGAGCUGCCAAGGGCGCGCGACAUGCUGGGCGCCACCCUGGCGUUCACCCUGGGCUCCAGCCUGCUCAAGGCGCUGCAGGAGCUGCACGGCCACGAGAUUGCGCACCGCGCUCUGCACCUGAGCGACAUCAUCUACAAGGGCGUCGACGCCGCCGCCAUCGCGGAGGCCGCUAACAGCGGCGCGGGCCUCAGCGCACUGGCGGAGAAGCUGGCCGGCUCGCGCCUGCUCAUCGACGGGUUCAGCUGCGCCGCGCCCACCGUGCUGUGCGACCUGGUGGACGAGGGCACGCCUGCGCGGCAGCUGCUUCCCAGCGCCGCCUACCGCCGCGCGGCCCCGGAGCUUUGGCGCCAAUCCGUGGAGGCCGUGCCGGCGGGCGACAUUGCGGCCUGCCCCGCGGACAUCUGGAGCGCGGGCACCAUCAUCUACACCAUCGCCAGGCUGGGAGGUGUCUACAUCGGGGCCGGCGGCGCAGACGACGCCGCGGCCGACGCGUUCAGGUUCCAGGCCGUAGAAGGCGGGGAGUCCUGCGAGGCCGCGCUGCUGGCGCAGGCCAAUGCCAUGCGUGCCCACGUGUUCCAGGGGCUGGACCACAAUGAUGAGCUGCGGGUCCCGGUCCUGUGGAUGCUGAGCGCAUCUCCUGGCGACCGCCCCACCGCCGCCGCGGCGCUCAACUCACUGGCGCUCACCAAGCCGGCGCUGGAGGCGCAGUUCGCACAGCUGGAGGCGGACGCCCAGCCGGCGGCGGCAGAGCUGGCGGCGGACGAGCUGGCGGCCACCACGCUCCUGGGGCAGCUGGCGGCGGAGAAGCGGCUGGCAGAGGAGGGCGAGGCCGGGGCCACGCCCCCGGGGCUGAGCGGCGGGGAAGAAGGCGAGGCGGCAGGAGUCGCGUCGGCGGCGGGCCCCAGGUCAGCGGCGGCCUCUGGCGCAGGUGCAGGGCCCUCCAAUUGUGCGGCUGCGGCCGCGGGUGAUGCGCGCGCCCGCGCCGCGCCUGUUGGGUCGGCCGCGGCGGCGGAGGUGGCUCCGGAGCCGCCCGUGCCCAUCGCCCGCUCACGGGCGCACCGGCAGCUGCCUGCCUGGAUGCCGGCCAGCAUGCAGGGCAGCGGCGGGGGCGUGGGCCUGCACAACGACUCAGGGCAGGCCAGCUGCGCCGACGGCGCCGGCAAAGAGCAGGAGCAGAUGCAGCAGCAGGCGCAGGCGCAGGUGCCGGAGCAGGCACAGCAGCAGAAGCAGCAGCAGGAGCAGCAGCAGGAGAAGCAACACAAGCAGCAGCAGGACCAGCAGCAGGACCAGCAGCAGGAGCAGCAGCAGGAGCAGCAGCAGCAGCAGGAGCAGGUACACGAGGAGGACGAGCGCGAUGUCGCUGCGCGCAGCCGCGGCCGAGGGGGCCGCGAAGCCGGCGGGGUGGCGGCGCGGCGCGGCGGCCGUACUGGUGGGCCCUCAAGCGCGCCUGUGGCGGCUGCGUGCGGGGACCAGGGCCCGCCGAGGCGGGAGACGCGCAGCACCGCAGCCGCGCGCAAGGCGCAGGCGCAGCGGUAG